CAACCUCAUUCAAACCCCACAUAAUAUAACCCAACUUCUCACCUCCCUUCUCUCUCUAGAACUCACCAUCUUUCCUAAUUUUCUCUCCCUAAAAGAAAUAUUUAUUCUAAAAGUUAAUUUUUGAUAUUUUGAAAAAAAAAAUGGAUGGAAGUAGUAUGGAUGAAAGUUCUGCAACGAGUGAAUCUCUCAUUAGUACCACCCCACAACCUACAAUAAUGGUUCGUAAUGUUAUCAAACCCGCUCCCUUACCCUGCAAGGCGUCCGCUAUGGCGGGCAGUCUAUGCCGGAUGGGGAGCGGUACGAGUGUGGUCAUCGAUUCUGAAAACGGAAUCGAGGCCGAGUCGAGGAAGCUCCCAUCAUCAAAAUACAAGGGAGUGGUCCCACAGCCUAAUGGCCGGUGGGGGGCUCAAAUCUAUGAGAAGCAUCAGAGGGUUUGGCUUGGUACUUUCAAUGAAGAAGAUGAAGCUGCUCGUGCAUACGACGUAGCUGCGCAACGGUUCCGUGGCCGUGACGCUGUCACAAACUUCAAGCCGCUUUCGACGGAGGAUGAGCUGGGUGCUGGUGAGCUACGGUUUUUGAACUCGAGGUCGAAGGCCGAGGUUGUCGACAUGCUCCGAAAACAUACUUACAUCGAUGAGUUGCAGCAAAGCAGGCGUAAUUUUAAGGUGGACGUUGAGAAAGUAGGAGUUGGAUCGAUUUUAUCUGGUGAUAAAGCCAAGGCAAUUGAUGGAAGUAGUGGAGGAUUUGGAAGGGAGCAAUUGUUUGAGAAAGUAGUGACUCCUAGUGAUGUAGGGAAGUUGAAUAGGUUGGUUAUACCUAAGCAGCACGCCGAGAAGCACUUCCCGCUCCAAGGGAGUUCGGGUGGGAGCGGGACGUGCUCCUCCUCGUCCAAAGGCGUACUGCUAAACUUCGAGGAUGUCAACGAGAAGGUCUGGAGGUUCCGGUACUCGUACUGGAAUAGCAGCCAGAGCUACGUCUUGACUAAGGGGUGGAGCCGAUUUGUUAAGGAGAAGUGUCUUAAGGCCGGGGAUAUUGUAAGCUUCCAGAGAUCUACUGGCCCGGACAAGCAGCUCUACAUUGACUACAAACAACGAAAUGUCAGAAACGGCCCUGAGCCUGAGUCUAUUGAGGCACUGGACAGGGACAACCGUGUUGUUGUCCAGUGCCCAGUAGUGGAGGUACGAUCAACUGGGCCAAUGCUACGAUUGUUUGGGGUGGAUAUUUGUAAAUCUCCAAUUGUCAUUAGUGAAAAUGUGGUGGCCGAAGCGGCGGCCGGAAAUAGAUGUGGCAAUAGGAAGAGGUUAAGGGAGGUGGAGUUGUUGACCAUGGAGUCAAGUAACAAGAAGCAGAUGGUGGUUGCUGCCUUGUGACAUCUAAUUAAUUAAUUUUGUUUUUUUUAAUUAUUCUAGUUGAUUAAUUGUUUAAUGUGGAGAUAGGUGUAGGAUGCAGGUGGUGCAAGUUGCAAUAUGUAAAUUAGUAUAACAACCCACAAAAAAAAAGCAAGAACAAGAAAGAAAAAACACAGCUGAAGAGAGCUGGUUAUGUUUUUAUGUAAACUUUGAAGAAAAAAAAUUACAAAAAAAAUAGUAUGAAAGGAACGAAAGUUCAAAAGCAAUGGGAAAACUGUCCAUCCUGCUUUAUGUGCA